AUGUCAGAAUCUGAGGUGCUUUGGAUGCUUGCUGGUGGUGUAUCACUUUGGGUAGAUGGCCGGAGCUUCCCAAAUCCAUUAUGGAUGGAGGAGUUUGUGAUGCAGACCCAUGGUGCCCAACCAAAGUGGAAGUGGAUUCUGUCUCCAACAGCUCUCGCUGCUCUGCAGGAGAGGCAUCAUCCAGCCAGUCAUCCUUUUGGGACAACAGGAGGAGAAGGGGAGAGAAUGAGAUAG